ACCGAUAGAUCGAAUUUAUCGAUACCCAAAUAUCUUGUUUUGAUGAUAGAAUUUGACAGAAAACAGCUGUUGCUGACACCCCUUAAAUUAUUUUUGUUUUUUUUGCAAAUCUAUGUUUUUGUGCCUUUGCUCUAGAGUUCUUAUCCAUCAUUAUUUAAGACCAAGUAAUAGUUAGAAUGUAAAACAAUUUUAUAACGUUGGAUUAAAUAAUUUACAACGAGCUUAAUACAAGAUGAUUCCCCUUUCGGAUAAUCGGGACGUUGCUUGUUUUCUUGUGACAAAGCACUCAUGGAAGGGAAAGUAUAAAAGGAUAUUUUCUAUAGGUUCAAGAGGUAUAACCACUUAUAACCCUACAACAUUGGAAGUUACAAAUAAGUGGGCAUACAAUGACUUCCAUUCUAUUCAGCCUGUUAAAGGUGGCAAUACGCCUAAUGAGUUUCAAAUAUUGGUCAAGAAAGAGAAGAAAAUUGUAAAAAUGAAUUUUUCAUCUGAGCACAGAAGUAACAUUAUAUCAGAAACUAUGAAAUUUAGACAUUUAUUUAUGGAAAAACCAAGAGAGAUAAAUAGGUAUCAAGCAUAUAAACACCACUGGUCAGAUAUAAGGCUCCCUGUUCUUCUUGAAAUAACACCGUACUCUUUAAAUCAGUUGGAUCCUACGACAAACACUAUUCUUGCAAGCUACAUGUUUAAAGAUUUUGAAGGAAUUUGUACGAUGUCUGAUUAUCCAGGUGGAUUUGUAAUAGUUUGUGGUGGUUUCGGUCGACUCCACUUAUUUCAGUCUGUGGAUUUUGAAGAAAUCAAAGUAAAAAUUUUAGAGAAUGCAGCAACAAAUUUACAUGUCACUAUUAAAGUAUUAGGUCAGCCAAUUAGUUUAGAAGAUUUUCAAAGGCAGAGAUUUGGAAAAUAUAGCGAUGACGAAUUCCUAACAUCCGUCUCCGAGUUCGUUGUGCACAAGAUCCACAAACCGCGCCACUCGGAACCCGUGCGCCGAACCCUUUGCUUGUCGGAAGUCUGUCUGCUCGAACGCGACCCCCAAACCUACAGUAUUUGUACCUUACAGCCGUUGUGUGAUAUUUUCGCUUUAGUCCGUAACAAUGCAAACCCUCAGUUAUUUAGUAUAGAAUAUGUGAACGGCCAGAUCCGAACCUACACCACCACAGACAGGGAUUCGCUAUUAGCGUCUUUGUUAGAUGGAGUACGUGCUUCGGGAAAUAAGGAUGUCCACGUCACCAUGGUUCCGACCCAGAGGGGAUUUCGCCUGGGUCCGUUGCACAUACCGGUCGAAGAAGAGGCGGAGAGUUUACACUUGAAGUUUCUGCAGAAUCCGCCCAGUCAAUAUCCGUUUUCCUUGUGCGUGAGGAGGUUCAACGCUAACGUAUCGUACAGUGGUCUGUUGUACAGCGUUACGCAGGAGGGUAUUUUUUCGGAGAACAAGGAGAAGCCUAUUAUCAGCGCUCUGCAAGCGCUUGUGGUUAAAGAAGGUGAUCAAAUGACGAUAACGGCCGAAGAUUUGGAAGCUCAGUUUCAGGCGUUGAGGCGAUUGGUGGCCAGUAAAGUUGGUUAUGCUGCAUUUACCAAAGCGCCCGGAUUUAGGGAAGCUGUAGGGAUGAAAGUGGUUAAAGCACUAAAAAGGAACGAUUUUGGAGUGACGCAUGCCGCUAUCGAUAUGAUCUGCGCUCUGAUGCAUCCCAUGCAUGACGAUUAUGACCUGAGACAAGAACAGUUGAAUAAAUCAUCCUUGUUACAGACCAAAUCGUUUUUGGAAAGCCUGUUGAACAUGUGGACAACUCACAUUGCUCAAGGUACUGGCGCUCUAGUAGUAUCAGCAAUGCUAGAUUUUCUCACUUUUGCGUUAUGCGUACCAUAUAGCGAGACCACCGACGGAAAACACUUUGACUUGUUGCUGGAAAUGGUUGCCGAAAGAGGGCGAAUGCUUUUUAGACUCUUUCAACAUCCAUCUAUGGCCAUUAUUAAAGGUGCCGGUUUAGUAAUGAGAGCGUUAAUAGAAGAAGGCGAAUCGGAAGUAGCUGUAAAGAUGCAAAACCUGUCUCUGGCCGAAGGAGCCUUACCGCGCCAUCUGUUAGCGGCUCUGUACACUCAAGGCUCCGACGGCAGGUUGUUGACGCACCGACAACUGUCCAGACAUCUGAUUGGUCUGUGGGUGACCGGGAAUCCCAUAGCAAUGGGACUUCUUAAGAGAAUCAUGCCCAUCGGUCUCAUAAGCUUCCUCGACUCCCAAGACAAAAUCCCCGACUCCGCCAAAGAGCAAGAGCUCCUAAACCACCGCGACAACUUAAAAAUGGCCCAAGACCACGCGUCCAAAACGAAACGCAACCCGAACCUGGUCGCCGUCGAGAGACAGAUCAAGAACCUAGAAAAACAGGUGGAACACUACACCAACCUGGCCCUGCAACACUGGGGCUCCCGGGUUGGGAUGGUCAGCCUGAAACGCGAGGAGAAAAUAAAAGAACGGCCGAUAGUUUUAAGAAAGAGACGGGAAAGAGUCAAGGCCGAGAGCAACUGGGCGCUGUUCUACUGGAACUUUAGCCAGAACCAUGCGCUCUCGAACUUGAUCUGGAACCACAAGACGAGGGAAGAGCUGAGAAGUGCCUUAGAGAACGAGAUCCGGACGUUCUCGAACGACAGGGAGUUGGCGGGGAACGCGCUGGUGGCGUGGAACCAUCAGGAGUUUGAGCUGAGCUACCAGUGUUUGGCUGAUGAAGUUAAAAUAGGGGAUUAUUAUUUGAGGUUGUUGUUGGAGAUGGAUGAGAGCAAUGACGAUUCGCCAAUUAGAAAAUCAUAUGAAUUUUUCAAUGAUUUGUAUCAUCGUUUUUUACUUACUAACAAAGUAGAAAUGAAAUGUAUGUGCCUACAAGCGAUGUCAAUAGUGUAUGGAAGAUAUUUCGAAGAUAUUGGUCCGUUCAGUGAUACAAAAUACAUGAUUAUAAUGUUAGAAAGGUGCGUUGAUAAAAUAGAAAGAGAUAGACUGAUCGUGUUUAUAUCGAAGUUGAUAUUACACCGAAAAAAUGUAAGGGAUUUGCUAGACGUAAACGGAGUGAAAAUUUUGGUGGAUUUAAUGACGCUUGCGCAUUUACAUACUGCUCGGGCGGUGAUUCCCACGCAAACGAACGUGAUAGAGGCCGGUCCAGAUAUGAAAAUAGAACAGAAAAGAGAAUGGCACUAUAAUACCGAGGAUGGUGGAAAGGGGCCUGUUACUUUAGAUGAGAUGAAAGAACUGUUCCAAAAAGGCAUAAUAACACACAAAACCCGUUGCUGGGCGAUGGGUUUGGACGGAUGGCGUGCUCUAUCCCAACUCCCUCAACUAAAAUGGUGCUUACUCGCUAAAGGAAACCCAGUACUAAACGAAAGCGACCUAGCGGCGAAUAUAUUAAACCUUUUAAUCAGGAUGUGCCAAUACUUCCCGAGCAGAGACGCUGACGAGGCCAUCAUACGACCGCUACCGAAAGUAAAGAGGGUCCUGAGCGAACAAACGACUCUAUCUCACGUUGUACAGUUGCUGCUUACGUUCGAUCCUAUCUUGGUAGAGAAGGUGGCUUUGUUGCUUUGUGAGGUUAUGAGAGAUAAUCCUGAAAUGCCCAAAGUGUAUCUUACCGGAGUGUUUUACUUCAUUUUGAUGUAUACGGGGAGCAAUGUUUUGCCGAUCGCCAGGUUUCUGCAGCUGACGCAUAUGAAACAAGCAUUUAAAGCCGAAGAAAAUGUUACGUCACUUAUAAUGCAAAAGAGUAUCCUAGGUAGGCUUCUUCCCGAGGCCAUGGUUAAUUACUUAGAAAAUCACGGAGCUGAAAAAUUUGCCCAUAUAUUUUUAGGCGAAUUUGACACUCCUGAAGCUAUCUGGAGUUCACAAAUGAGACGUAUGCUUAUUGAACGAAUAGCGGCUCACAUCGCCGACUUCAGUCCAAGACUUCGCAGUCAUACUAUGGCUAGAUAUGUAUAUAUUCCUAUACCAACAAUAAGAUAUCCUCAACUGGAACAUGAACUCUUCUGUAACAUAUUUUAUCUUAGACAUCUUUGUGAUACAGUCAAGUUUCCUGAUUGGCCUAUACCGGAUCCAGUUGGCCUUUUAAAAGAUGUUCUGGAGUCUUGGAAAUCUGAAGUGGAAAAAAAACCUCCUCUGAUGACUGUAGAGGAGGCUUAUAACAGUUUGUUUUUGGAGGGAACCCAUCAUGAAGAAGCGACUAUUAGAAAAGCUUAUUAUAGAUUAGCUCAAAAAUAUCAUCCUGAUAAAAAUCCUAAUGGAAGGGAACUUUUUGAAAAAGUGAAUCAAGCUUACGAGUUCCUCUGCAGCAGAACAAGUUGGAACACGGACGGUCCAAAUCCAAACAAUAUCGUUUUAGUAUUGAAAACACAAUCCAUCCUGUUUCACAGGUAUUCCGAAGUGUUACAACCGUAUAAAUACGCUGGCUAUCCUCAACUUAUCAAGACCAUAAAAAUCGAAACUGCCGACGAUCAGCUGUUUUCUAAGACCGAGCCUCUUCUUGCGGCCGCUACCGAAUUGGCUUACCACACCGUCCAAUGUUCAGCACUUAAUGCCGAAGAAUUAAGAAGAGAAAAUGGUCUAGAGAUUCUUCUAGAGGCCUAUACGCGGUGUGUCAAUGUCUUAAGCAAAUCUUCGAUUCCGAGUGACGUUGCCGUUCAAGUGUGUUUGCACAUCACCAAAUGUUUUACUGUAGCCGCUCAAUUCCAGGCAUGCAGAGAGCGAAUAGUUAACCUACCUCAACUUAUAAGGGAUCUAUGCCGAAUUCUCCAUUUUAAGCAUUUAAUCAAGUUGUGCUCGGUGGCCACCGAGUGCAUCAAGGCUUUAGCAGCAGAUCCUAUCCUCCAAUUAGAACUACUUAAAGCAGGAGCCCUCUGGCACCUGUUAUUAUUUAUCUUCAAGUACGACUUCACUCUAGAAGAAGGCGGCGUAGAGAAGAACGAAGAAACUAACGAGCAAGAAAUCAGCAACAGGUUAGCCAAAGAGGCCGUCAAGGCUUGCGUUUCGCUGGCCGGUUUGAGCAAUGUCGAGAACGGUGCGCCUAAGAACGAGCUGAUUAUGGGAAUUUUGAGGACGCUUCUGACGCAAUACGUCGUUAAUCAGAUGAUAAGUAGUAGUCCAGAAGAGAUUCUGAAAAUUCUCAACUCUAACAGCGAAACGCCUUACUUAAUAUGGGACAACGGUACCAGAGCAGAGCUAAACGAUUUUCUCGAAACACAAAUCUCACAUAGAGGUGAUAUAGACCUUAAUGUAGCGGACAUAUUUAAAUAUUCGGCACACUGUAACGAACUAACCAUCGGAGGCAUAUUUAUCAGGAUAUACAAUGAACAACCUACCUUUCAAAUACAGAACCCAAAGAGUCUUGUCAUAGAUAUACUGUCAUACCUCGAAAAACGGUCUGAUACACUGUUUAAUUUAAUGAAUAUAGCUUAUUCUGUCACGAUUAAGGAUACGUUGGAACAUUCUUCUAUGGCUCUACAAGCACUCACCAACGUCAUACGUAACAACUCUGGGGUAGAGCUUCAGUGCAUUGGCCAUUUUAAACUACUAUUUAGGUUACUUACUGUUAACUUUAUAGCAAUUCAAACCGAAGCUCUAAACGUUAUAUCGGUCAUAACCAGGAACAAUGAGUGUAUAAAUGACAUCGCAGCGUGCGAAGUUCUUAGUUUCCUACUAUUAACGCUAUAUUCUACCGAGGAUUUUCAACCGCAAGUCCUCGAAGUUCUCCACGCGCUCAUGACCAACACCAAGAUAGUUAAGGAAGCCCUCAACAGAGGCGCUGUAAUCUAUUUACUGGACUUAUUCUGUAACUCGUCGAGUCCUCACAUCAGACAGUCGUCCGCUGAACUUUUGGCCAGGAUGACCUCGGAUAAGUUGGUGGGGCCUAAAGUGAGACUGGCGGUGGACGCCUUUUUGCCGCCCAUUUUUGCGGAUGCCAUGCGUGACAGUCCGGAAACUUCCAUUACUAUGUUCGAGACGGAGCACGAACAUCCGGAGCUGAUUUGGAACCAGGGAGCCAAAGACAGGGCCUGCAAUAUUGUUAGGAAGCUUAAAAACGAACACUAUACGGCUCAAAGCACCAAUCCUUCUACACAGUGGAAAAAGCCGGAAACCAACGGUCUUGGUACGUUUGCUGUGCCGAACGAAGUAAUGGUAGGCGGAGUAUACCUCAGAAUAUUCAUAGCUAAUCCUGCAUGGACUCUAAGAAAACCAAGAGAAUUCCUAUCCGAACUUUUAGAAACAUGUUUGGAUAACAUGGCCAAAGAUAAACCCAAUGUAGCUUUGCUCGAAUUGGGUACCAGUGCUCUCUGUGCCUUGCUCCAGACUCAACCAGCCCUGUUGGAUAUCAUUCCCUCCUUAGGUCAUAUUCCUCGUUUGUGUAGGCAGAUGGGGUCAAACAGUAAGCAGAUUGUUGUUCCUAAAUCGGGUAUAUUGAUCUUAAACUCCUUGUCAAUGAGCAAUAUAUGCGUCAGCGCUAUAGCCCAGACCGACUGCAUGUACACCCUCAAGCACGCGAUGCAGGUCCGAAAGGACAUGACGUCCGUCGCGUGCGAAGCCCUCAGUCGUCUCUUCUCCAACAGCCAGGACCAGCUGGUCAAGCAAGCGCUGGACGUCGACUUCAUCCCCUUCCUCCUCGGCUUACUGGAGGCGCGGCUGGAGCUGAUCGAGAACCCCGCGAUGACCAAGGCCCAAAUCGUGAAAGCGCUCAAGUCGAUGGGCAGGAGCUUGCUGUAUGGGGACAGGGUGAACGCAGUUUUGGAGAAGAGCAGCGUGUGGGCCGAGUACAAGGAUCAGAAGCACGAUUUGUUUAUCGGUAGUUCGAACGUAGCCGGAUAUUUGACGGGUGUGCCAUCAUCAGCAGGCUAUCUAACCCAAGGUCCUAGUAACAGCGUCCACAUAGCUCCGCCGCCCGUAGACAAAGAAGAUUCUACGUUGAAAUAUGACGGAGUAUAACUUUUAUUGUGAUAAA